UUUAAAGGAUGGCAAUGCAUCGGAAAGGGCUCGGGAGGGAGCCGCAGGAAUGAGGUGAAGCUGGAAAACCUGCAUCGUGUCUCCAGGUUUGCCCCAAACAGGGAACGGAGGUGAAUUCGGCAGGCAGCGGCAGGACGCGGCCCAGUUCCCGGAAGCCGGAGCUGCACAAAUGACAAAUGCAGCCAAGAGACGGCACGCAGAUUCAUUUGUGAACAGCCAGGAGUGGACCCUGAGCCGCUCGGUGCCGGAGCUCAAAGUGGGCAUCGUGGGGAACCUCUCCAGCGGCAAGUCGGCGCUGGUGCAUCGCUACCUGACCGGCACCUACGUGCAGGAGGAGUCCCCAGAAGGCGGACGGUUUAAGAAGGAGAUCGUCGUGGACGGUCAGAGUUACCUGCUGCUGAUUCGAGAUGAAGGGGGCCCCCCUGAGCUCCAGUUCGCGGCUUGGGUGGAUGCCGUGGUGUUUGUCUUCAGUUUGGAGGAUGAGAUCAGCUUCCAGACGGUGUAUAACUACUACCUGCGGCUCUGCAGCUACCGCAACACGGCCGAGGUGCCCAUGGUGCUGGUGGGCACGCAAGAUGCCAUCAGCGCCACGAACCCUCGCGUCAUCGACGACUCCCGGGCCCGGAAGCUCUCCAACGACUUGAAGCGCUGCACGUACUACGAGACCUGUGCCACCUAUGGCCUGAAUGUGGAGCGAGUCUUCCAGGACGUGGCGCAGAAGGUGGUCGCCCUGCGCAAGAAGCAGCAGCUCUCCAUCGGCCCCUGCAAGUCCCUGCCCAACUCGCCCAGCCACUCGUCCGUCUCUGCGGCCUCCAUCCCCUCUGUGCACAUCAACCAGGCCACCAACGGCAGCGGAGCCUUUAGUGACUACUCCUCCUCUGUGCCCUCCACCCCCAGCAUCAGCCAGCGGGAGCUGCGGAUCGAGACCAUCGCCGCUUCCAACACGCCCACCCCCAUUCGCAAGCAGUCAAAGCGUCGUUCCAACAUUUUCACGUCUCGAAAGGGCGCCGACCCGGAGCGGGACAAGAAGGUGCUGGAGUGCAAGGCGGACAGCAUCGGCAGCGGGCGCGCCAUCCCCAUCAAGCAGGGCAUCCUCCUGAAGCGCAGUGGCAAGUCCCUCAACAAGGAGUGGAAGAAGAAGUACGUGACGCUGUGCGACAACGGGCUGCUCACCUACCAUCCCAGCCUGCACGAUUACAUGCAAAACGUGCACGGCAAGGAGAUCGACCUGCUGAGGACGACCGUGAAGGUGCCAGGCAAGCGGCUCCCGAGGGCGACUACGGCCACGGCCCCCAGCGCCAGCCCCAAGACCAACGGGCUCGCCAAGGAGCGGAGCAGCACGCAGUUCCCGGGGAACACUGGUGCCCCGCACUCGACCAGCAGCACCUCCCUGCACUCGGAGCGCUCCAUCAGUGGCAUCAACCUGGUGGGCUUCAGCUCCAAGCCGGACGGCAUGCACCAGCGCUCCUACUCCGUCUCCAGCGCUGACCAGUGGAGCGAGGCCGUGGCUGGCCCCGGCGCCUGCCCGAACCCCUCUAAUGGCACGGCAGAUUCUCUCAGCUCCAGCCCGAACAUUUCCAACGCUGCCAGCCCAAAGCUGGAGCCGCCUCCGUCCCCGCAUGCGAACAGGAAGAAACACCGCAGAAAAAAGAGCACGGGGACGACCCGGCCCGACGGCCCCAGCGCAGCCGCGGAAGAGCCGGAUGAGCCGUUCGAGUUCAUCAUCGUGUCGCUGACGGGGCAGACGUGGCUCUUCGAAGCCUCGACGGCGGAGGAGCGGGAGCUGUGGGUCCAGGCCAUCGAGAGCCAGAUCCUGGCCAGCCUGCAGUGCUGCGAGAGCAGCAAGAACCAGGCCCGGAUGGACAGCCAGAGCGAGGCCGUGGCCAUCCAGGCCAUUCGCAACACCAAGGGCAACUCCCAGUGCGUGGACUGCGGGGCCCCCAACCCUGACUGGGCAAGCCUGAACCUGGGCGCGCUCAUGUGCAUCGAGUGCUCCGGCAUCCACCGCAACCUGGGCACGCACCUGUCCCGCGUCCGCUCCCUGGACCUGGACGACUGGCCCGGCGAGCUGCUCGCCGUCAUGACGGCCAUCGGCAAUGCCCUGGCCAACGCCGUCUGGGAGGGCGCCGUCGAGGGCUACCCCAAGCCCGGCCCUGAGAGCAGCAGGGAAGAGAAGGAACGCUGGAUCCGGGCUAAGUACGAGCAGAAGCUGUUCGUGGCCCCGCUGCCGCCGUCGGACGUGCCGCUGGGGCAGCAGCUGCUGCGAGCGGUGGUGGAGGACGACCUGCGCCUGGUGGUGACGCUGCUGGCCCACGGCACCAAGGAGGAGGUGAACGAGACCUACGGGGAUGGCGAUGGGCGCACGGCGCUGCACCUCUCCUGCGCCAUGGCCAACGUCGUCUUCACGCAGCUCCUCAUCUGGUACGGGGUGGACGUGAAGAGCCGGGACGCCCGCGGACUGACGCCCCUGGCGUACGCCCGGCGCGCCGGCAGCCAGGAGUGUGCCGACAUCCUGCUGCAGCACGGGUGCCCCAGCGACGCCGCCCUCUCCACGCUGACCCCCAGCCUGCCCCGCCGCAACGCCAACGCCAACAACAACGCUGCCGAGCUCAGCGCCAGCCCCAGCCCCCACUAGCCGCCCGCCCACCCCGUCCCACCCUGCUGCACGGGGGCCUGGCUCUGGGGACGGGCCCCCCCUGCCUGGCACAGGCU